UUCAACUGUUGAAGUGAUAUAAAGUGUUGACAGCUCGUGCUUAGUGAAAAAUAAAAUAAAAAGACUUUGAAGAAAUUGUGCGUAUGUGACUUUUGAGAGAUAUUUCAAAAAGUGAUUGAAAAUUUUGUGCUAAUGCGAGAAUUAGUUUUAUAAAAAGAAGCAAAGAAGAUAUUAAGAAUGGAUAUAAAUGAGUUUCGUGAAUUCGGACAUGCUGCCAUAGAGUUUUUGAUUGAAUAUUUGGAAACUAUUCGUGAUCGGCCAGUGCUUCCAGAUGUACAACCAGGAUUCCUACAAGAACAUAUGCCUUCAGAAAUGCCAGAACAACCAGAAAGUUGGCAAGAGAUUAUGGAAGAUUUGAAAAAAUACAUAGUUCCUGGUCUCACACACUGGCAAUCGCCACGUUUUCAUGCAUUUUAUCCCUCGCAAACAUCAUUUCCUUCAAUCAUUGGAGAAAUGCUCACAGCUGGAAUUGGUGUUGUUGGAUUUAAUUGGAUGUGUAGUCCCGCUGCUACUGAGCUAGAAGUGAUUGUUAUGGAUUGGCUUGGAAAGUUUUUAAAUCUUCCAGAACAUUUCUUGCCGAGCGGUAAAGGAAAUGGAGGUGGUAUUAUUCAAGGAAGUGCUAGUGAAUCUAUCCUUGUUGCUGUUCUUGCUGCUCGUGAAGAAAAGGUCCGUGAAAUGAAGAUUAAACGACCAGAUCUCUCAGAAAGUGAUGUUCGUUCUAAGCUUGUUGGAUAUGGUUCAAUACACUCGAAUAGUGCCAUUGAGAAGUCAGGCUUGCUUUCAGCUACAAAAAUAAGAUUGCUAGAUGCAGAUGAUACGUCUAUUUUACGAGGAGAAACCGUUCAAAAGGCAAUUGAAGAUGACAUUGCUAAUGGUUUGAUUCCAUUUGUUUGCAUCACAACGAUCGGAACGACAGGAACGUGUGCAUUCGAUAACAUGGAAGAAAUCGGUCCCAUACUUAAGAAAUAUAACGUUUGGAUGCAUAUCGAUGCGGCAUACGCCGGAGCAGCAUUUUGUUUGCCUGAGUAUGCACACAUAAAGAAAGGUGCAGAAUAUGGUGAUUCAAUUAAUUUUAAUUUACAUAAAUGGAUGCUCGUAAAUUUCGAUUGUGCCGCUAUGUGGAUUAAAGAUGCUGCAAAAUUGACUAAAUCAUUCAAUGUCGAGCGUAUAUACUUGGAUCAUAAAUAUCAAGGUGAAUCAAAAGCUCCAGAUUAUCGUCACUGGCAGUUGGCACUUGGUCGUCGAUUCCGUUCUUUAAGAGUAUGGAUUACAUUCAGAACAUAUGGUCAAGAAUAUAUCAGAAAUUAUCUUCGAAAGCAUAUAAACCUUGCUGGUAUGUUCUUGAAUUAUGUAAACAAGGAUGAUCGUUUUGAAGAAACAGGUCAAUCUCUUGCACUAGCUUACUUCCGUCUUAAGGGAGACGAUUCUCUCACGCGUAAAUUAUUAGACAGAAUUAACACUCGUAGAAAUAUUUACUUGAUUCCUGCAUUCUAUCACAACAAAGUCAUUAUCAGAUUUGUCAUUUGUGGUUUAGAUCCACAAGAAAAGGAUAUUGACUAUGCAUGGAAUGAGGUCAAAACAGUAACAGAUGAGUUGCUGGCUGAAAUGGAAGCAGAAAAAAAUAAAAUUCCUGCAAUCAAUGAAAUUGAAGCUGAAAUUGAAAAUCUCGAGAUCACAGAUAAAGUCAAUGUAAUCACCGAAAAUUUCGCUAAGAGCAUUACACUUUGUGAAGAGAAGACAGUUCAUUAAGUGGCUAUAGUUUCUGUAAGAUAUAUCAUGAUGAGAGCUUUUUCGUACGUUUUAUUAUAGUUUGGGGUGUAAAAGCUUCAAAAGCUUAAAAAAACUUUAAAAGCUUAAUAAAGUUUUGAAAAAGCUCAUUUUAAAUUAUUUUUUGUUUCUUUUUUUAACCGUAUUUAAUAAAUAAAUACAAGCCACAGUUUCUUUUGACGAUGCUGUAAAAUUUUAUUAUCCAUUUCUUUAUAAAUUCGUGUGUAAAUCAAUUAAAAAUAAAGAUUACAUCUUUAACAUAAGAGAAGAAAUUUCUCUUAAACAAAUUGGCCCCAUUAUUCAAUUUUAACUUAUUUUUUUUGUUCUUUUAAAACUUCUGUUGCAGCUUCACUGACCUCAUUCCAUGAGAUAUCCAUAUCUUCAGGACGGGUGAAACGUGAACAAACAGCCAUACGCAAAAAGUAUGUGUCAUUAACUUUUGAAGGAACAAGAUGAAUUUUGCCACGUCCAUUAAUUCUUUUAAGGAGUGCUUCGCUAAUUUCAUUAGCACCUUUGAGACGGAAACAUACUAAGCCCAUUUGAACUUUUGAGAAGAUUUCGAAUCGUUCAUCCUUUUUGCAACUUUCUUCGAACUGAUUUGCAAAUCCAAUGUGACGACGAAUAUGUGUCUGUAAGUUUUCAACACCAUAAAGUCUAAGAACGAACCACAAUUUCAAUGCUCUGAAUCUUCUGCCUAAUGGAAUUUGCCAGUGUCUGUAGUCAGGUGCAGAUCCUUGUUGGUCAUGUUUAAGAUACAAUGGAUCGACAUUGAAAGCAUUAACAACCCAAUUUGGAUCCUUUAACCACAUAGCACUGCAGUCAAAAUUAACCAACAUCCAUUUGUGUGGAUUGAAGUUGAAUGAGUCAGCAGUUUCAAUUCCUUUCAUUAAAGGUCUAUACUCAGGGCAGAUAAAAGCACUUCCGGCAUAAGCAGCAUCAACAUGAAUCCAAACAUUAUGACGAUUUCCGACUGGUCCAAGUUCAUCCAAUCGAUCGAAUGCGCAGGUGUUUGUGGUUCCUAAUGUAGCUACAGCGUAGAAUGGAAUAAGACCUUCAUCCAAAUCUUUUUUGAUUGCUUCUUCCAAUGUUUCUCCUCUCAAUUGUAAAUUGUCAUCAGCCUUCAAACUUCUCAUACGAACUCCACCUAAAAGUCCAGCGCGCUCAACUGAGGAAUGUGCUUGGUCUAGAAUUAAGAUAUGCAAAUUAGAUACCUGCUUAAAAAUAAUCAGGAUAAAACCACUCACUUGAGCUGUAAGCAAUCAAUUUAGAAACGAUUGUGUUGUCGUCCCAAUCAGGAUGUUCUGCCUUAACUCUUUGAAUUGUUUUUGCCUUAGCUCCGAGUAAAGCAACAAGAGUUGCCUCAGAUGCAGUUCCUUGAAUUAAAUAAUGGCAAUUAAGUAUUUUUCAUACAUUUUAGAAAGGAAUUUAGAAGUUUACCUUGAAUAACUCCACCAGCUUUACCUCCUGAGCAUGCAAGAAAUUCUUCUGGUAAACCGAUCAUCUUGCCUAACCAAUCAAGCAUAACAACUUCGAGUUCUGUACAUGCUGGGCUAGCAAUCCACGUAAAACCAAUACAUGCAAUUGCGCCACUCAACAUAUCGGCUACAAUUGCUGGAUAAGAAUUUGCUGUUGGAAAGUAGGCGUGGAACU